AAAUACCUUGGAAACUAAGCUUUGAAUAAAGGUAUUAGGACGUACCUCCUUUUUCCUCGUAUCGUCUCCCCUUCUCAGAUCUCUCUCCUUCGACACAACUCUAACGUUUCUGAAAAAACCAACACGUUUUUUAACCAAAAGCUUCAGAAACAACACAAACUCUUGUAUUGAAUCUCUAAUAAAGCAAAGGGAGAAGACAUAAUAAAUAAAUAAAAACAGGAAUGGGUUACAAGAACAGAACAGAACUUGAAAUUAAUAACUCUUCUUCGUCGAGUGAAGCCUUGCUUUUUGCUACCAUGUGUAUCAUUGGCCUCCCCGUUGAUGUUCACGUCAAAGACGGUUCUGUUUACUCGGGAAUCUUCUAUACUGCUUCUGUUGAAAAGGACUACGGCAUUGUUUUGAAGAAAGCAAGAAUGACCAGAAGGGGAAAAAGUAAUGCAAAUGUUGCAAAUGGGGCUGUAGUAGAAACACUUGUAAUUCUCUCAUGUGAUCUUGUUCAGGUUGUUGCAAAGGGAGUUCAGCUUCCUCCUCAUGGUGUUGCUGGUAGUUUCGCUGGUGAGAAUCUAGAAGCUGUUGCGGGCACUGUGUCCUCUUCUGAGGGUCAAAUAAGUGAGGCAAAAAAAGCUUAUAGGUCUGGCAUGAAUAAACGGCAUAAUCACAAAAAGAACUCAGGUCGCUAUGAGAAUGGUUUUCUCCAUGCUGAUGAUGUGCCAACAAAAGCUGAGGUGGAUAAUGGAGGAACAGGAUUGCCAUUGAAUCAUGUAAGGAAUACCAUACAGGUUGAUAGGGCAAUCAAAGAUGGGAUAAAUGCGGCAAAGAUUGAAGAAGCUUCUUGUGACACAGUUAAUGGGAGACAGGCUCAAGAUUCUCCCAAACAGGUGCUUGAGCUUCACGAGGAGAAUGUUGAUGAAGUUCAAGGAUCAAGUUCAAACUUGGAUCCCGCUCAUGCUCAAGUCAUACCUGCUGAGGCUGACGAUUCAAAGAUGAUACUCAAACAGCUUAAUGGUGUAUCUCAUGGCCCUGCUUCUGUACAUGAAAAACAAGUUAAUCAAUGUUCUGAAAGGCCAACUUCAUCUGAUACUUCUUCAGAUGUUGCUUGUUCAUAUGAUUCAACUUCAUCAAAUCCAGUUAUUGAUGUUACAUCAGCAGCUUCAACUGAAAUGGUCCCUCCAGAAAGUUCAGGGUCCAAUAAAGUCUCCAAGGAAUUUAAGCUGAAUCCAGAAGCAAAGAUCUUCUCACCAUCAUUUGCAAAUCCAUUAUCAGCUUCUACUCCUGCAGUACCAGUGGUUGCAAGUACACCAUACAUACCAAGCAACUCUCCUGUUGUACCUGUUACUGCUGCGCAGUCAGAAGUUGGAAUGAACCCUUAUGUGCCUCAUUCUUCUGUGCCUGCUAAGUUUGUACCGUAUGGUAACUUGGCAGUUGGAAACGGUGGCAGUGCUGCUCAAUUUUCCCAACCUCUUGCUGGGCAUGUUGGAAGCUGGGCACAACCAGUUAGGUAUGCAGGUCACUUUCCUGUUCAGGCCGGACCUGCAUAUGUUCAUCCAAAUUCACAAACUGUUAUGGUUGGAAGAGUAGGGGGACAGCUUCUCUAUGUACAGCCAGUUUCCAAUGAUUAUGUUCAGGGUAUGGCAGCCAUCUCACAAGUACCUGCUCGACCUGCGUUGAUGACACCGCAUCAGGUCCAAUUUCCGAAGCACCAGGGUAUAAACAAGAACUGCAGCAGGCCAAGCGGUGCAACUGUGUGUUCCCUUUCCUCUUAUGGCCGGUGGCCCGCAACCUUUUGCAGUGCCAACCCACACCCACAUUCCAGUUUUGCAACCGCCAAUCCCCACUAACCGCCCCAUUUCGGUACCAGGAUCAAAUGGUCUCUACAGCACCAAGUUUCCAUGAAAAAUACUGUCUUUUUUCUUUUUCUGUUAUCGCAGUUUUUUUUUUUCUUUUUUCCUUUUUUGGCAAUAAGAAUUUUGGGUUAUAGUCUUUGUUUGAAGAGGGUUCAAAAUAGGAAAAAUUUUUACUCAUAUUCUUUAUGUAGAAGGGUGGCUAAUUUAUUUUGUACUGAAGAUUUUGAUUGAGGCAAAGGAGUGGAGCUUGCUCUUUUAUUUUAUUUUCCAUUUUUCUUUUUUGGUAGGGAAAGUUUGAGAUUGCUUCUCUAGAAAGACAUAUUGUCUCUUGAACAACUGUGGCUACAGAGAAUAGUAGCAUAUACAAUUUUGAAAUGAAGAUGGCUGAAAUAUUUUGGCUGACAA